GUAGAAUUUUUUGUAUUACAGAAGCAAAGAAGAAGAUAGAAGAACUGGAAACCGAGAAAGAUAAGGUCUGCAAUGAUAUAUAUACAACUAAACUCAGAUUCUUGGCACAACUGGAAGCACACCACGCAAGCACUUCUGAAGUUCUUCAAGACGUUCAAGCGGCACAGCAGAGAAUAAACAAAGAAACCAUGGAUUCACAUAUCAGGUUGCUACACGAGAAAGAAGAUAUUGUUGGAGAAAUGGUGCAAGUAAAUGAACAGAAAGUGAACCUAGAGAAACAGUUGAGAUCUCUACAAAAGAAUAAUUCUAUCCUUGCUUCGGAUGUUAGAAAGAUUAUAGAAUCUUUAGGAAGUGAAGAUCGUGGGGAUAUUUUGACUCUCAUAGCCAGAUUAGACUCAGAAACAUUUGCCCUGAAGUCAUAUAACGAUCAGUUAAGCAGCUGUCUCUCUAAUUUAGAUAAGAAUUCAGAUUGUGAAAAUGGCAGCUUUCGGCAAUCUGUUGAUGGCAGAAGAGUAGAAAAUCUAAUGAUGGAUAUGUCUACUUCUGACGAUUUCGACCGUGAAUCUAUAGCAUCUUCCAUGUCAGAACUUUCAAUGCGUAAUAAAGAACUGGAUGUUCAGGUGAAAGGAUUGCAGAAUCAGAUAGAAACCUACGAAAGGGAGAUCAAGUAUUUUGAACUGCUCCAUUCUGACUGGCAGACGGAACGACAAGCUAUGGAAGAUCUACUAUUGAGGUUGAGAGCCCAGUUGAGAAUGAAGGAGGAAUCGCUUUCUGUCAUUACAGCAGAGAAGGGUUUGAUAGCCGUUAAGAAGAAAUGUCCCGAAGAAAUACAGUUGAAGCCUCCUUCGGUAGAAACUGAAGAAUUUGAUACUAGUGAUAACUUAUUGGAGAGACUCGAGGAACAGAUAGAAGAAUUGAUGCAAGUUAAUGCACAAUUUGAGAAUGAAAAAGAAGUUUUGAAAGCUGAAAAUAAUGCUCUAUUGGAAGAAUUAUCAACUCUUCGGAACUUACGACAGUCAUUUGAUUCAAAAUUAGAUAAAAGUGAUAACAAUGAAAGAGAACCUUCCAAAGUGGAUAAAAUUGUAAUGGAAAAGGAAGAACAGAUCCAUGCUUUGAACAGUGAAAAAGAGUCAUUAGAAAGUAGUUUAUUAGAGUUGGAUCAACAGCAUCAGGAAGAGAUUGAAGAAUUUGUUAAUUUAAAAAUGACACUGACCAAAAGUAAUAAGAAGUUACAGUCUGAGAUAGAAGAACUAAAAUAUGCUUUAGAAAUGAAAGAAACUGAAAACUGCCAGCUGAAAACUGAAGUUGAAACGGUACGAGAGCAGCUGGCUGACCUAUUUGAAGCUGCUGGCAAGAAGAGUAGUUUUGGAGAUAAAGAACAGGAUGAUGUGAAAAAAGAAACAGUACAGUCGAUACUGAAUGCGUUUCAAGCCAUUAAUUUAGAUAAUAUUCACUUGGAGGAAAAUAUCACCUCGCUAGAAGAAGGUAGAAAAGAAUUGGAGGACACCAUUAAAGAGUUAGAGAAUAAGAAUAAAAAUCUGGUACUAAGAAAUGAAGAACUUGAGAUGGACGUUAGAGAUCUGAGAGAUGAGAAUAGACAGCUGUCAGAAAAGCUACAAGAAACAGAAAUAGCAUACGAUAAUCAGCCUGUAAAUGAACAAAAUUUGGAGAAGCUCAUAGAAGUGGAAGCGAAUUACGAGUUUCUCAAACAGGAAAAUUCAAAUCUGAAGGAAGAAUUAGAAAAACAGCAUUUAAAAUAUACAGAAAUGGCUCAGAAACAUUUAGAAAUGCAAGACAGUCAAUCAAAAAUCGAAAUUUCUUACGAAGAAAACUGUAAAAAGUUGGAAAAAGUGAAAGCAGAGUUGUCACAGAAGGAAGAUGAAAUCCAUGCCUUAAAAGAUAUCAAAUCUGCAAACUGUAAUUGUUCUGAUAAGAGCAUUCAGGUGGAUUUUACCAUACAAGAUGUUGGAGAAUUGCAGAAUGAAUUGAAAGUUACCCAACAAAAAUUACUAAAUUGCACAAAAAGAUUGGAUUCGAUAACUGAUGGUAAUUUCUGUGGUGGACAGCAACAGACAUUCGAUUGUUCGUGCGACGAUUUAGAAAAUUGGAAAGAGAGAUGCACUGAAAAGCAAAUGAUCAACUAUUCCUGUGAAGAACAGAAGAAUGGAUUAGUGUUAGAAAAUAAAGAAUUUUAUAACUUAAAAGAGAAUUUAAAUAAUUCUGUAGCAGAUAAAGAGAACAAAAUGUUAGAAAAAAUCAUUUCUGACCAGAAAGAAGAAUUAGAAAGCCUUAAAAAACAGUUUGAAUCUGCAAAUCGCUCAAGUAAAUCUGUGGGAAAUCAGUAUGAUGAUUCCAAAUUUAGAAAAUCGCAAGAGAAAAUUCAACAGCUAGAAAUUGAAAAGGAGCAGAUGCUAGCCGUGUUGAAUGAGAAAUCAAGAGAAUGCAGUAAUUUGAAGAAUGAAGUGCAUCGUCUAGUUAAUAUUGUUUCUGCGGAGAAGCAAGCAAUUUCUAAACUACAAGAAGAUAAUCAGGAGUUAAUAAAACAGAGAGAUUCUCCAGAUCAAGAAAUGACAAAAGAAGCAGUUCAAAAUCUCUGCAGACUUGUUCGAGACAAAGAUCUAGAAAUUGAGGCAUUAAAUCAGAAAAAUGGCACCCUGUUGGCAGUCAUUCAGCAGUCUUCGGACAGUGAUCAUACCAAAGAACUCCUGAAACAGUGUGAAACUCUAGCAAAACAAUUGGGUGCUUACAAGGCAGAUCGUGAGCAAAUCAUCAAUGCACUUAACCAAAAGCAUCAAGAGAGUUUGAAGUAUCAUGCUGAGGUUCAGAAGUUGAAAUCACUGUUAGAAAUGGAAACGCACAAGCUCAACACUUUAACUCACAAUCAUGAAUCAGUAUCACAACAAUAUGAAGAGAAGCAGAAGUCUCUAGUUAACACACAAAAUGAAGUGAUAGGUCUGAAGCAGAGAGUCUCGGAUUUAGAGAAGCAGCAUACAGAUCUGGAAGAAAAGUAUAGAGAACUGCUAAAUAGAGAAAAUGGAAAAGCAAUGGCUAACAUAACAAAAGAAGAACUGAAUAAGAAUUAUGAAGAGUUGGAUAAAUUGAAAGAACUAGUGGAAGAGAAAGAUAAAUGGAUCUUUGAAAAGGAUCAGUUGAUACAUGGGCUAUCACAGGACUUACAGAAGCUGUCGGAUAACUUUAAACAGAAGGAGAACGAAGUCGGAAUCCUGCAGAAACAAACUGAAAAUCUUGUUUUGCACCUGAAAGAAACUAAAGAUGAAAGCAAUUCCACAAAAGAAAGGAAUCAAAAUCUCCAACAGCAACUAACUAAUUACCAAAGUGAAAUGAAUCUAAUGAAAGAAUUAAAUGAACGAUUAAACAUGACUGUGCAGGAGAAGGAUUUUGAGAUAAAAGCACUUCAGGAAAAGGUAAGUACACUGACGCCAAUGGUCCAGGAGAAGAUGAAUGAAACGGGGAACAUGAAACAGAUUCUGAUGGAGAGUGAUGCCAUGCAACAGAAAGCUCAGCAUUUUCAUCAUGAACGAGAUGAGGCACUUCUGGCUCUCAGUCAGAGGCAACAAGAGAAUGAAGAACUAAAAAAUGAGAUUCAGAGACUGAAAGAGAGGGAGAAACGUCUGAAUAAUGAAUUAGAAAGGCUGCGAGAUCACUUGCUACAGGUGGAAGAGAGUUACACAAAAGAAGCAUUAAAGGCAGAAGAACGAGAAAAAGAGCUAAGGAAUAGGUUGAACCAAGCUGAAGAGCAAGCAAGAAUGUCCUCGAAUGCUGUACAUAAUGCAAAUCAGCAUGCUAACAUGCAGUUGGAGAGUUUGCAAGAACAGUUAUCCUUGAUAGUGAAACAGAGAGAUCGAGCUCAGAAUCAGGUGUCUGAGUACGAAGACAAAGUACAGCAAUACGCUGCUUCAUUAGCAAAUCUUCAAUUGGUCUUGGAACAGUUUCAGAAAGAACGAGAACGUGACAUUCAGAUACUGAAGAAACAGCAUGCUGCGGAAGUUGCCAAAGAGAAAUCAAAAGUAAAAGAUUUGGUGAUGGAUAUACAGGAGAAAGAAGAACAACUGUCGGAAGCUAAAGAAGCGUUGGAUGCUGCUUCUCGUCUUAGUGAACAGCUAGACACUAAAGAAGAAGUCAUUAAUUCCCUAAAACAAGAAGUAUCGACGAUAACCUCUGCACUUCAGAAAGCUCUGGAGGAAAUUAGAGACAUGAAAACCAAUACAGAAGGGAAGGUAGACAGGCAAGUUAUGAAAAGUCUAGUGUUGGGCUAUUUUGGUGCUCCCUUGGGUCAGAAACCUGACGUUAUACGUCUUCUUGCUAGAGUGUUGGAUUUCAGUCAGGAAGAAAUGUCUAAGGCUGGUAUCAAAGUGGGAAGAGAAAGCAGUCAAGUUACUCCUAACCAGAGAAGUAAAGGGUGGAUAUCGGGUCUUUUUGGAAAAACUCCAUCGCCUGUGCCAGAAAACCAGUCAAGGAGAGAUGAGAGAGAAGCAAAUAAGUCUUUCACGGCACUUUUCGUCCAGUUUCUCCAGGAAGAGUCUCAACCUAGAUUUAAUGUGAAACUACCAGCAGAAGAAAUGGCCAGGGAACUGGCAGAGAAAGGCCACAGGCCACAGAGACCUCCUAGAAUCAACCCCUUCGAUCCGUCCGUCUCCUCCCCCACUCCAACUGUCACGACUCGGACGAAUCUCGACCAUCCCCUCAUUCGCCCCAUUUCCUCUUCUCUACCCACUUUCACUCCCAUUCUGGUGACGGCAGACGAGGCUGCUUCGAAAUCCAACACGUUCCUGCGUGAGGUGUUAAAUUGAUUAAGUCCGUGGGCCAACAUCGGAACUCUCCCUGGCAAUAUGCCACGUGCUUUCUUGGAAAUUCUAUUUGUGGAAAUAUUUAUGUAUCUAUAGUGUACAGAUUUUCUUUGUAAUAAAGACUUUUUAUACCAUCAAUAUCUUGUGUUAUGCCAUGUUGCUAUCACACUACACACACUUAAAAAUCCUCAAAUUUCG